UAUACAUAUGUGACUCAUUUUUAUUUAUAACAUUGGAACAAAAAUUACUACUGAUCAUAUUUAGAUGAAUUUAUCCCCCAAAUUUGGCAUGAAGAGAUCAUCUAUUAGUAGAGAGAUGAAAUUUUCUUUAUACAUAUUUUUCAUAACUUGUGAGAGAUAUAUUAUAAAAAUUUGUAAAAUAUUUAUUUACAAAUUGUUUAUAAUUAAUCAUAAAAUUUAAAUAUGAGAUAAGAAAUAUUUACAUGUCUUCUAUAAUAUUCGGAUUCUCUUUUAGCUACUAUUUAUUUUUGUAAAGUUAAGCAUGGAUUAAAAAGUAUUUUUAUUGCUGCAAUAAAAUAUACUUGUGUUAUAACAUGUCCGUAUUUACUGAAUAAUGCAUGAAAUAUGGUAGCAUAAUUAAAAUAAUGAGUUGUAAUAGAAUGAUUGUAUAAGAUUUACUUUACUUAUAGGUAGCUUAAGUAAGUUAUUUAUAUUGUACAUGUAAAUAUAUAUUUAUAUAUUUUGAACAUUAGUCUUGGCAUUUAAUAUGGUAGUAAAUUCUAUAAAUAAUAUCGUCAUUUUUUUUUAGAAUUACUUGCACAGAAAGCUUUAAAUAGAUUUAAAAAUAUAAUGUAGAAAGAAAAAUAUAAAUGCAUUAAUUAUACAUUGAGCAAAUCUAAUUAGAAUAGGCACUAUAAGACAAGGUUUGAUAUAUUGUCUAAAAAUUAGUUUAAAUUCUUAUAUCUAUUUUAGAGAUAGAGAUGAAAGAAAUGAUAUUAGUGAUUUUAAUAUUCUUGGUACUGUAUAUUUCUUUUAUUUUUCUGUAACUACAGUUUAAAGAAUUUUUAUAAUAAUUCUAUUAGUAAAUUAGUAAUUAAAAUAUAGAGUACAAUUGAAUAAUUGGCCUCUUUGGUACGAGCGUCGACUAUAGUCAACAGUCACUGAAUGUAUUCCUAGGGUCGACCUUCGGCUAAAGUCAAUAAUCACCGAAAGCAUAUAUAUAUAUACAGCCUACUAUCAUCUUUAGUUAAUUAUUGUAUAAAUUCUCGGUUUAGAUAAGUACCUAUUACAGUUGGGCGGAAUAUGAAUGCUACAUAAUAUAACUACUUGUCGUUAUUGCUUGCAAGUUUAAUUGUUCAGACUUUACUUCGAAUUGUAAAUAAUUUGUAGACAAUGUACACAAUGUAUUCUGAUUCCUCAAGCAAAAACGACAUCGUUUCCUGGCACAGCAGUGAAAAUUUCGAACGGGAAGGAGUUUUUAUUUCGUCUGAUUCAGAAGCAAAAAUAACCAAAGAAAAGAGCCAUAGUUCAAAUAUAAAGUGGUUGCAUGCGAAUUUAAAACCUCAUAUACAUACAUUCGACGAUAGAGAUUCUGGAAUUAUAACAGAGAAUAUUACCUAAUCUCAAAUCAUAAUUAUUUCCGAAUAUUUUUUUCCAAGGAUUUGAUGACACAUAUAACGAAUACAACGAACAAUUUUUAUCGAUAUACAAUCGAACAAUUUGAUAACAUUCCUUCCUCACUGAAAAAGUGGCAUAAUACUACGAUAAACGAGUUAUAUCGUUUCAUAGCUUUGACGCUGACAAUGUCGCGCUUAAAAAAAUUAUCAUGCAAUGAAUAUUGGAGUACCAAUGAAAUUAUUAGAACAGAUGUCUUUGGUAAACAUAUGACACGGGAUAGAUAUCUCGCAUUACAAAAGAUGCUUCAUUUUAGCGACAAAAGAUUAGAGACGUCUAGAAACCUACUAACAAAAAUUCGUGAACCUUGUAACAAAUUGCGCGAAACAUUCAAAAAAUCAUUUUGUCCCUUCAAGGACUUACGUAUUGAUGAGAGCCAUAUGCUUUACAAAAGACGAUUGUCAUUUAAACAAUACAAACCUGAGAGGAGUAGGUUUGGAAUAAAAACGUUUGUGUUGUGCGAUUGUAAGACAGGAUAUGUUUUAGAUUUUAUUGUUUAUACCGGCGCUAUUUCAGGCAACAUUGUGGUAAACUUGCUACAACAGUAUUCAGGAAAGGGUCAUCAAUUGUUUGUCGAUAAUUGGUUCUCAAGCCCCGCACUAUUCAAGUUUUUGCACAAUUGUACUAUAAACUCAUGCGGAACAGUAAGAAAACGAUGCGAAGAUAUGCCGAAAAUGGAUGAAAAAUUAAAAAGUGGAAAAUUAAGUUUUCGGUCAUCGGGUAAUUUGCUUGCACUAAAAUGGCAGAGCAAACACGAAGUUUGGAUGCUAUCCACAAGUCAUUCAGCGGAAUAUCGAAGCUCUAGAAAGAUAAAUUAUUGUAUACAGAAGCCUACGUGUAUAUUAGAUUACAAUAAAUCAAUGGAAAUUGUUAAUGAAACUAACCGUAUAAUUAGCACGGUUGCAUGCACCAGGAAAACCUUACAAUGGGACAAAAGAUUAUUUUUUCAUUUAUUGGAUCUUUCGGUGUGGAAUUCGUAUUGUUUAUAUAAAUUCAAGACCAAAAAAGUCCUAUCAAUGUCCGAAUUUCAUUUAGCAUUAAUUACGUAACUUUUACAAACAUAUUCCCGAUCAACGGAGACAGUAUCUUUUAUUAGAUCCGAAGGUUCUUUACGUCUUACAGAAAGACAUUUUCCAAUUUUCU